AAUGAUCAGACUAAAUAAAACAAUUAGUUUCUAUGUAUGUACCAUGCCUGCUUAGACUCUGUUGUUGAGAGGCCGAGUCUCCUUGCUCUACUACAUGCAUAUUUCAUUUACAUUUUUAACAACGCUAAAUAGAGCUUGUAAACAAGAAAGUCGAACCAGCAUGCCGGAACCUGUGAAUCAUCAGGUGAAUGCAGCUCGCAAGACAUUCCAGACACUUCAUCAAAUAUCCAAACUAUUAAACACGAACCUUGACCCAUCUACGCUCAGCAUUUGCGUGAGACUCUGUGAAAAUGGCGUCAACCCACAGGCACUGGCAACUGUGGUGAAAGAAUUACAGAGGGAAGUUAAAGUCUUGAAUAGUACACAGUCUGGUUCUGCUCCCAGCAAAGCAAGUUUAAAUAAGUAGUUUUAAGCUUUAUAAAUCUAAUCACACAGUGAGUCUACGCGGAAUUAAUUCACGUUUUUUGUAGUUUCAUAAUCAUGUAAUUAGAUCUGAUGACUACUGUUUUUGUACUAAAUAAAUACUGGCCUUCAUCAAUUGACAGGUUACAUAAACUGAAUACUAAUAUAAGAUGGUAUUCACAUACCUCAUCUUGAAUAAACUUAUAUGAUCUGAA